AUGGACAUGGAUUUACUAUUUGCCUGCAGAGAGGCUUAUUUUGAAGAAAGCACAAUUUUACUCGCUGAGUACGUGUUCAAGCAGAACCAAACACCUGAAAACUUUUUGAUCCUUCUUACCUCGCUCGUUGCUACAUCCAAGCACGAAGCAGUAAAAUGGCUCGUGAACAGAAGACGAGAAUACUUCCGAUACGGUGAGGUGCAGAGGCUGUACAUUGAAGCGAUGAAAAGACUUGGAGAGAUCUCUGAGAUAGAUCAGUUCCAGAUGACCGAUGAAAAAAUACCUCGAACACACAAAACAUCCUGGACACCCAUCAGCCCAGCUUCACUGAACAGCUACUACCAGGCACUCGUGCAGAAGGGAAGCGAGAAGAAAAGAAGGGAGUGUCUGGAGGCAGCAAUAAAGCACGAUGAAAGAAACCUUGAGGCAUACAUCUACGUGGGAAUGAACAAGUCCUUUAGUGAGCUGCCUGGGUACAUCGAUGCAAUAAAAGACUCUGAGCUAAAGACUCUGUUUGGCCAGAUACUCACAGAGCCCCGAGGUAACUUCUCUCUUUUCUCUCGGUCAUUUUACUCGCCUUUUUCCUGCUGCAGAAUAGCCAAGAGGCUUUUUAAUGACCGACAGACCAGUGAAAUAUUCCAAAUAGCACAGUACAUGGCAGCAGUGUAUCCAUCACACUACUUUACAUACGUAGCCACAGGGAUGUAUUACAUUCUAGUGGGAAAGCACUCUGAUGCCAAAAGAUCUCUUUUCAAGGCGCUGCAGCUAAAUAACACCUUUGGAAUGGGGUGGAUACUGCUUGGGUACUGCCAGGCAUUCCUGUGCGAGGGAGGCAAUGCCAUCUCCUGCUACGAGAAGGCUGAAGUGCUUAUGGAGGAGAACUACACACCAUCACUGGGAAUAGCGCUGGAGUAUCACAGAAUGAGGAGCUACAAAAAAGCAGAGAAAAAGUAUCUGGAAAUACAGAGUAGAUACGGCCUUGAUUUCUGCUUCAAUGCGUACGUCUCGCUUCUUGUUGUCCAGGAGAGACACGAAGAGGCUCUAAGCCUCGUACAGGGCAGAGAGUAUUCCGGGGAGAAGGCUCUGCUAAAGAGCGUAUGCCACUUGUUUAUGAAUGAUCCCGUAAAGGCAGAGGAUGCGCUGACUAGCAUAAAUAUUUCAUACCACAGCCAAACACGAAGCAAAUACUAUCUCCUACUGGGAUAUAUUCGGCACAUAAACAAGAAUUACUGCGAUGCAAUCGAGCUGUAUCAAAGAGCUAUUUUGGACCCUGGGAAGCCAGUGGGCAGUCUAGUCAAUGACUUGCUUGAGUUGGCAAUAAAAAACUCGCUGGAGGAGGACAACAAAAAGCUCAUUACGCAGUACAGAGAGGACGUAUUUGACUUUCUGGAUCUUAAAUCAGACCUGCCACUUGUCCUGUGA